CGUCAGCAGUGCCACGUCAGCAGUGCCACAUCAACAGUGCCACAUCAGCAGUGCCACGUAAUCAGCAGUGCCACGUCAGCAACAUGACAGGCCUGCCAGGCCAACUGGCCAAUGAGACCAUUGCCGCCUACAAGCAGCGUUGCCUGGCUCAGAUAGAGGCUGAGGAACAACGCCUGCUGGCAGUCGAGGCUGCCCGCGUACAGGCUGAAGAGGCAGCAGCAGCAAAGAAGCUGCGGCUACAGGCCGAUGCAGACGCAGAUUCCCAGGCUCGCCGCAAGGAAGCCCAGGAUCUGCUACAGCGGCAUGAAACCACAAGCAUCGACAGACUCAAGUUCUGGCAUUUUGAACCAAACGGCGACGAGGCAACACCGGAAGAGCAGCAUAAGGAACUCCUCUCCAAACUCGUGACACAGUUGCUGUAUGCUUGCAACUACCAACGGUCAGAGUUGGAGAGACAGUACCACGACCUGACGCAACAGCAUCAGGAGUUGGCGACGCUCCGCCUCACAGUGCAGAGCCACGAGGAUGCAACUCGGGCACUCAAUGCCCGAUUGCUGGACCUGGAACAGGCUGUACCAGGACCAACUGCUGGGGCCAGCAGUGCACCCUCUAGCCGCCAACUGGAGGAACGCGUUGACCACAUCCUGGCAAUGCUCGGCGACAUUAACACCUUCACUGCGCCAUCCACCAUCAACACUCAGCUGCAUACCUUGAAGACCGAGGUCCAACAGCUGCAGUCGACGAACGCAGAUGGCAAUCAGAAGAUGUCAAGUUUCCAACUGGAAAAGUUCGAUGACUACAUGCAGCAGGAUCCGACCCUCUGGUGGGAGGCAUUCACGACGCAACUCAGGAUUCUGCCUGUCGCUAAGCACAAGUACAUCGGCGCCCUGUUCCUGAACUCAAAGGGCGGAUGCCAGACCUGGUUGACCCACCUGGCAACCUCCCACGACGUCGACGUACCGGACCUCAAGGACAAGAUCACAUGGGAAGAACUGACACGGCUGUGGAAGAAGCGGUUCAUCGUCGACGACGCGCCGACACUCGCCAUCAACCCCCAGCAGGACAGUGGGGAUAACCCAGCAGCCACUCCAGCAUCAAGUGACGGAGAUCAGGUGGCCGCUGUCGAGCCGCGAAGCACCAAAAAAGUCCCGCAACAACGGGAAGGCGAAAUCCGCAUCGCAGGCUGGAAAUGGACAGCCAGGACAGUUUCCAUGGGUCAAGUUUGGCUCGACCGAGGCGGAAUACAAAGUCCGCGGCCGCUACGGCAACUGCUAUUGGUGCAACAACACCAAGCACAAGACCUCCCUGUGCCAGGAUCAGGGCAAGGAGGAUGUGCGACCCCGCCUCAGCUCGGGAAACUGAGCUUCGUGGAAGGUGAGGCGACUCCACCUUCCACUCCGCCAGAUUCGGCCGCCUUGCUAGCGGCCUCCUGCACAUCUGGGGAGGAUGCGAAUGUCGCAAGUCCUCGGUAUACUUACGAGGAUUAUGCUGUCCACUUGGUUCCACCGCUGGACCAACCGCUCUACGUGCAACAGUCCACCGCAUGCACGGUUUCAUCACCAUCGGCAACCAAUUCGGCAGCUUCGCCGCAAUCUAUCGUCGGGGAUUCGACGUCAUGGUCAAGACUUGAUGAGCUCGACCCGUUGACGUUCACGGACUUCCAGUGGAUGCCCGUUCCCUCGACCGGACGAUUGCCGAAACCGCAUUGCAAUGUGCUCAUGGCACAAUUGCGGGACUACUUGCACACUGCAGUACCAGCUCCGUUGAUGGACGCCGAAGCAGAGGUUGUCGACCUUCUCGCGUACAUCGCAAAGAUCGACCGCGAGUUCAAGACGCAACGGUACGACGACAUCGGCGCACCAUUGCUAUACAUACGCAUUCAGAUCGGAGAGGCGACCUGCAGUGCCUUGAUCGAUUGCGGAGCAUCUCGCAACUACAUCAGCCAGGACUUCAUGGUACGCGCCGGUCUUGGCCCACGUGUCCAGAGGAAGUCCCAGCCUACGCAAGUCACUCUAGCAGACGGUCAUACGCACAAGUCCAUCGACCGGUGCAUUGACGCCGUCCCAGUGUACUUUACCCCUCACGCAAGUGAGGCGGUGUCCUUUGACAUUCUGAACACCAAAUUUGACAUGAUCUUGGGCAUGUCAUGGCUGCAAAGCGAGGAUCACCCGACGAUCAGGAACGCCGGCCCUCUCCCACGCAUCGACGACCUUCUCGAGCGAUUGGGCGGCGCCCAGUUCUUCUCUAAGCUGGAUCUCAAGUCAGGGUACCACCGACUCGAGAUUCGCAAGGAGGAUCGCUACAAGACCGCGUUCAAGACACGGUAUGGACAUUUCGAAUGGCUGGGCAUGCCAUUUGGCCUUACGAAUGCCCCAGCCACUUUCCAAGCGGCUAUGACGACGGAGYUCCGACACAUGCUGGAUCGUUUCGUACUUAUCUACCUCGACGACAUUCUGGUUUACAACCGGAGUCUGGACAAGCAUGUGGAACACCUGCGCACCAUUUUGGAGCGGCUACGACAGGCCAAGUACAAAGCAAACCGCGACAAGUGCGAGUUCGCACAGCAGGAGCUGGAGUACUUGCGACACUAUGUGACGCCGCAAGGCAUCCUCUUGGAACAGCACGACGGCGACGACCGGCACCCUGUGGAGUAUUUCAGCCACAAAGUGCCUCCCAUCAACUCGCUUGAUGAUGCAAGGAAGAAGGAGCUGCUCGCAUUCGUGAUGGCUCUCAAGCGCUGGCGGCACUUCCUCCUUGGGCGUCGUAGGUUCACAUGGGUCACAGACAACAAUCCAUUCACCUACUACAAGACGCAGGACACGCUAUCUUCGGAUCACCCGCCGGCCAGCCAUUACCGCAUUGCCGACGGGUACUUGCUCCUCCACUCGAGAGGCAAGGACUUACUAUGUGUCCCAUGCGACCGUCGUCUUCGGACUCGCCUCCUCGGCGAGUACCAUGAUUCACGACUCGCCGGCCAUUUCGGAGUCAACCGCACUAUUGCACAGCUUCAACAGCGAUUCCGAUGGCCCGACCUCAUUACCGAUGUCACUCGGUAUUGCGACUCUUGCGAAGUUUGCCGAUGCAGCAAGCCCCGCAACCGCAAUCCUUAUGGCGAGUUACACCCGAUGCCUAUCCCAUGGGAAUCCGGUCUCUCCAUUGCCAUGGACGUCACCGGUCCGUUCCCUCGCGACCGGCUCGGGCACGACGGCAUCCUCACGAUGGUGGACCAAUUGAGUAAGUACGCGCGUUUUCUCCCUUGCAAGUACUACUCCACGGCUCCCGAGCUGGCACGCCUCCUGCACACUGGUUGGAUUUGUGGCCACAGUGUACCCGAAGACAUUGUCAGCGACCGCGACACUCGUUUCAUGUCAUCUUUUUGGACUGCUCUCAUGCAGGAGUCCGGCACAACAAUGAAACCAAGUUCGGCUCGACACCCUCAGACAGACGGGCAGACGGAGCGGGCACAUCAAACCGCUCAAAUGAUGCUUCGUACGCUCAUCCGUCCGGACCAGAAAGAUUGGGUUGACCGCCUCCCCGACAUCGAGUUCGCCUACAACACUUCGGUGCAUCCGGCGAUCGGCGUGACUCCAUUCGAGCUGCACCACGGUGGACGGAAAGACCAGAUCUUCGCAGACCUUCUCCUCCCUCGACCAGCCGACAUUGACGUUGCCUGCUCUCCCGCUUCCGUCCGGAAGUAUAGGGAAUUGUUGACUCAAGCCCGCGCAAAUAUGCAAAAGGCUCAAGUCCUCAUGCAGCAGCAAGCCAACAGGCGUCGCGUACCAUGUCCCAUCCGCGCCGGUGAUCUGGUUUGGGUCUCUGCGGAAGAGUUUGCACUGGAACAGGAUGUUUCACGCAAACUGCUUCCCAAGUGGUUUGGACCUUGGUUUGUGACAGCAGCCACGGGCGAUGAGCCCGAUGGCCCUUCAUUUGUGAUCAACAUUCCAGAGCAUCUGAUGGUCCAUCCGGUCUUCCACGCCUCGAAGCUGGCAACAUACACGCCAGCCAAGAGCGACUACUUUCCGGACCGACGAUCGCAAGACCCUCCUUCUAUGGAUGGCCAUUAGGAAGUUGACCGCGUCAUCUCCGAUCGCAAGUAUGGCAGCAAGCCGCGGCAGUACAAAGUCACAUUCAAAGCAUGCGAUCGCGACAACACUCAGUGGAUUUCAGGUGCAGAUUUGAAAGCAUCCGCACCGCUGAUUUACACGCAUUAUGAAAAGCGCAGGUUAGCUCAGGAAGCUUCACGACCAGCCCCUCCCACCCGGACUGUGGUCCCUCCCUCAGACAGACAACUUCGCCCUCGCAGGUUUUUCGGAUCGAUGGAUGACGUGCAUCAUCGACGGUCGUCCUUUUGCUGGGUUCCUCUUCUGGUUGAUUUGUUCUCGGCAGCCAUGGAUCG